CGUUUAAAUAGCAACUGGAUAUGCAGACUCGGCAAUUCAAACUUUGGUCGAAGUCUGUCAAUUGUGCUAUCUCGUUUCAAACAACAGGUCCAAGAGAGAUGGAGAAUCAUGCAUAUGUAAUCCAGGUUAGCGGUAACGGCAACCUCCACGACAGCAUAAACGGGAGAUUCUUACCUUCCAAAAUGAAAAUAAGAAAACCCAAAUGGAACAUCAAAGCUUCGGAAAUGUCCAAUAAAACAUUUAACCCGAUACGAGCUAUAGUGGACAGCAUGAAGAUUGAACCAAAUCCCAACAAAAGUAUGAUUCGACUCUCCAUUGGUGAUCCCACUGUGUUUGGAAAUCUUCCCACUGAUGAAGAGGUACUACAUGCAAUGAAGGAGGCAAUAGAUUCUGGAAAAUAUAAUGGAUAUGCUCCUUCUAUUGGGUACCAAAGCAGUCGUGAGGUUGUUGCCAGCUAUUAUACAUGCCCAGAAGCACCCCUGGAUGCCAAGGAUGUCAUCCUAACCAGUGGAUGUAGUCAAGCUAUUGAAAUGGCAAUUGGUGUGCUGUGCAACCCAGGAGACAACAUCCUUGUGCCUUGUCCAGGAUUCUCUCUGUACAAAACAUUAGCUUUGUCCAUGGGCAUUGAUGUCAAACUAUACAAUUUACUGCCUGAAGAAUCCUGGGAAAUUGACCUGAAACAGCUAGAAUCUUUAAUUGAUGAUAAGACCAGUUGCAUUAUUAUUAACAACCCUUCUAACCCCUGCGGAUCAGUCUUCAGUAAAUCUCAUCUUCAGAAAAUUCUUGCAGUUGCUUCUAGAAACUGCAUACCCAUAUUGGCUGAUGAAAUUUAUGGAGACAUGGUAUUCCCUGGUAGCAGAUAUUAUCCCAUUGCACCACUGAGCACUGAUGUUCCCAUUCUGUCUUGUGGUGGUUUAGCAAAGAGGUGGUUGGUGCCCGGGUGGAGACUUGGCUGGAUACUUAUCCAUGACAGGAAGGACUUAUUUGGAAGUGAGAUUAGAGAAGGACUGAUCCGAUUAAGCCAAAGGAUUUUGGGACCAUGCACAAUUGUUCAAGGAGCUUUGAAGAACAUUAUUAAUAACCCUUCACAAGAGUUUUAUAGCAGUACUAUACACAUCAUGAAGUCAAAUGCUGACAUCUGCCACAAUUCCCUUUCGAGUGUCCCUGGACUUCGGCCAGUCAGGCCAUCAGGAGCUAUGUACCUUAUGGUUGGUAUUGAAAUGGAGCACUUUCCAGAGUUUCAGUCCGACGUGGACUUCACUGAGAGGCUCGUAGCGGAACAGUCUGUUUUCUGCCUUCCUGCCACGUGCUUUGAAUAUCCAAACUUCUUCCGAAUUGUUGUAACAGUGCCAGAGGAGUUGAUGAUGGAGGCUUGCAACCGAAUUCAAGAGUUCUGUGAGCAGCACUACGAACCUUACUCCAACCAUAUCAUUCAGGACAUUGAUUGUGAUAAAUGAAAUGACGGAGUAAGGAACAGUGAGCUGGGACUGAAAAGACUGAAUGCAAUUCUUGCUACUUUACUUUGAUGCCAAACCGUUUGAUUUGUUUAACAGUGUGCAGAAAAAUUGCAAUUGCAAUCAAAUUUAAUAUGCAAAAGUAGUCAUGUGAAGAAACCUUUUUCUCACUCUGUGUAAAGGAAAAUGCCCAUAUCUUUUU